AUUUGCGUUUUUUUUUUUCUUCCCUUCUUUCUUGCUUUUAAGGUUCACUCAUUUGUAUUGGAGUUGUUGAUUUUACAAUAAGUGGUGAUACGUUCUUUUAGAAACAGAGGAAAUUCAAUUAAGGGUGCGAGUAAAAUUGGAUUAUUUUUCAUGUCCAAAGCUUUAAACGUUGGCAGCUUUUAAAUUUUCUUGAUUUCUUGAGAACUGGGUGUUUGAAUUUCUUUUUUUUGGCCUUUUACCAUAUUGGUAUCUAGUGGUGGCGGUGCCUGAAUGAAAGCUUCAGUUUGGAAAAGUGAAUUGAUAUUGCGUAAUUAAAAUUGCAGGAUGGGAAGGGUGAAGCUCAAGAUAAAGAGGUUAGAGAGCACUGGCAACCGACAGGUGACUUAUUCGAAAAGGAGACAUGGGAUUUUGAAGAAAGCUAGGGAAUUAGCGAUACUAUGCGACAUAGAUCUUGUUCUUCUCAUGUUUUCUCCAACUGGGAAGCCAACGUUAUAUCAAGGAGAGCACAGAAAUUUUGAAGAGGUUAUUGCAAAGUUUGCACAAUUAACACCACAGGAAAGGGCAAAAAGGAAAUUGGAGAGCCUUGAAGCACUGAAGAAAACCUUCAAGAAGUUGGACCAUGAUGUAAAUAUAGAAGAUUUUAUGGGUUCAAGCACUCAAAAAGUCGAGGAAUUGAGUAGUCAAUUAAGGUUACUGCAAACUCAACUUACAGGAGUACAGAAGAGACUGAGCUAUUGGAAUGAUCCGGAUAAAGUCAGCAAUGUAGAACAACUUAGGCAGAUGGAAGACUUGCUAAGAGAAUCAGUUAACCGAAUACAUCUACACAAGGAAAAUUUUGGAAAACACCAAAGAACAUCACUAGAAUGCACUACCCAGUUUCAGAAUGGGAUUCCUUUGCCUAUGAUAAUGAGCGGUGUCCAAGAAGCCCAAUCCCUAUCAUGGCUUCCAAACAAUGGCAAUCAACAUAUGAUAGUACCCAAUGAGCCAAACUUCUUGCCACAUCGAGAAGUGGGGUGCUACUCAGAUGUCUUACUUCCAGGUUAUUCUGGUUAUUUUGACACUGGCAAACAUACGGAGGUUGGCAAUAUGGUGCAAGUUGCUAAUAUGGGUUCAGGAGGUGGCACCUUGGAUGAGUUAACUAGAACUGCAUGUUUAAGUGUACAACUUGGUGAGCAAUAUGUAUACCCUCUGUAUGGCAGUUCAAAUUUGCCAGACGAUAAGAAAUUGAAGCCUGAGAUGGAGAUGCACUUGCAAGCAAAUCCUGUGGAUUAUCAAGUUAAUAGCAACUUUGAACUGUCUAGAUCACUGUAUGAAAAUGGGCAUCAUAAUUGGUUUUCUCCAUCUGGGCCUUGUGGCAUUGCCAUGUACAAUCAGAAUGCCUACCAGUGUACUAAUCAAAUUGACUCUCACGGGUCACAUUAAUCUUCAUCGCAAUGACAAGAAUGGUAGCCUAAAGAAACGCUGCGGUGCCUCGCAUUGGAACAUUAGACUGUCCAUUUGUUUAAACAGAGUUACACCCAAAUUCUAGAUUUGAUUUAGAGAUGAAAUAAGAGCAAUGUAAAAGCUGUACAGGUGCGGAUUUUAUCAUUUUUUUGGCUGCCCAAUAUCAUAGCUGUGUAUAUUUUGUACCUCAUAAGACAGGGUCUCUGGUUCCUAAGUAAAUAAAAUCUCUGUUUUCUUAACAAAUGUGUAACAGGGAUGGUUUCUGAUAUUAGUUUUCAAUCAUUCAAGCCGUAAACUAAACUGUUGUAGAUAAUGCAAGCAAUUACACAUGGAAUUUGAACAUCAAAGAGUAGUAGGUGACCUCAAUUUCUUACUUAAGAUAUUAAAAUCUUAGUGCUUUUAAUACCAUUUUAGUUCCCCUGUACAUGGAUACCUUUUAACAUUGAUGCCAGCCUCACUCAAAACCCACGCCCCCAUGGUUACAGAAUAAACGAAACAUGUUCUCAAAUCAUCUCCAAUGGACUUAGUAGCCC